CGCUUCAAGUCAAAAUGGGAGAACUUGGGGGCAAAAGGAGCUUCAAUUCCUGAUUGACAGCGCACACCAACCAAUCCGAAAGCGUCGCCACCUCUCCGAAUCACGCCCUCUCUCCAAAUCAACCAAUAGGAAAACAUAGGGGGUGUGGUCACACCUAGCUCCAACCCACAAGCUAACCUAACGGGAGAUUGUUUUCCUCUCUCGGGGAAGAUUUUUGUUCUACUUUGCAGCUUCCACUUUUUGUUUUGUUUACACAUUUACAAGUCGCGUUUGACACAUCGCUCCAUUCAGCGUGAAUACCCAAGCCCUGAAGCAUCGCGGUUAGCCCCCACCAAAAAACGGAUUACCGUAGCACCAUCGGGGAACUUAAGGAGAGGGGUCUCUCUGCUCCCUUGAGUAUGAGUUCAUAAUGAAGCGGCGACUGGAGGAUCAGGAAACUGUUUUUGCGUCCCAGCAGCGGCGCCUCCCCGGCAGCGCGGACACCUUCCAGCAUCGCCUCCUGGCCCCGGCGCCAGCGGUGUACGAGGCCGUGUCGGACAGCAUGCAGCCCGCCGCUGUGCAGUACUCUGUCCCACAGGGAUACCAGGUUCCCACGGCGGCCCAGAACAGUGGCGGUCACGGGAACGGUCCAAGCCCGGCCGUCCAUGGUGUCUCCCACCAUCACAGCCCGGCCGCAGUGGCCGCCGUCCAAUCCCACGGGCCCUCUGUGUUGCCGGUGCACACCCACACGGCCCCGCCUCAGGCCUCGGCGCAAGGCCAGCAGCAGUUCCAGCGGCUCAAGGUGGAGGACGCCUUGUCGUACUUGGACCAAGUCAAGCUGCAGUUUGGCAACCAGCCUCAGGUUUAUAACGACUUUCUGGACAUCAUGAAAGAGUUCAAGUCACAAAGUAUCGACACCCCUGGGGUCAUCAGCAGGGUGUCGCAGCUUUUCAAGGGUCACCCCGACCUCAUCAUGGGCUUCAACACUUUCCUGCCGCCCGGCUACAAGAUCGAGGUCCAGACCAACGACCUGGUCAAUGUGACAACGCCCGGUCAGAUCCACCACAUCACCCCACACGGCAUUUCCGUGCAGAACAUCCCCAUCACAGGAGCGGGCGCCCAGCACCAGGUCCAGAUCCCGCCCAUGACUGCCGCCGCUUCCGCCGCCACCACCACUACCAGUGCUCCGGUCCUUCUCACACAGCCUUCCCCCGCCAAAAUGAGCAAACCUGCACAGCCUCAGGCACUAGCGCCAGGCAGCCAGACCAAUCCGUCCGUCCCUGCGUACACCGCUCCACGCUCACCGCCCAUGCAGCUCCCCCCACCGCUCAGUGGGACCCCCGCCGGGCUGCCGGCACAGAACAACCAGCCAGUGGAGUUCAACCAUGCCAUCAACUACGUCAACAAGAUUAAGAACCGCUUCCAGGGUCAGCCCAACAUCUACAAAGCCUUCCUGGAGAUUCUGCACACAUACCAGAAGGAGCAACGGAACGCGAAGGAGGCCGGAGGCAACUACACCCCGGCCCUGACGGAGCAGGAGGUGUACGCUCAGGUGGCCCGGCUCUUCAAGAACCAGGAGGACCUGCUCUCAGAGUUUGGCCAGUUUCUCCCAGACGCCAACAGUUCAGUGCUGUUGAACAAGACGACAGCCGAGAAGGCCGAGUCCGUACGUAACGAUCAUGGCGGCACCGCCAAGAAGCUGCAGCUCAACAACAAGCAAAGGCCCAAUCAGAAUGGCUGCCAGAUCCGCCGGCAUCCCGCUCCUGGGGCCACGCCCCCCAUGAAGAAGAAGCCCAAGUUUCUGAAUUUGAAAGAUUCGUCUAUGGCAGAGGCCAGCAAGCAUGGAAGCGGAACAGAAUCGCUGUUCUUUGAAAAGGUUCGCAAAGCCUUGCGGAGUGCAGAGGCCUAUGACAACUUCCUGCGAUGUUUGGUCAUAUUCAAUCAGGAGGUGAUCUCCCGGACCGAACUAGUGCAGCUGGUGCUGCCCUUCUUAGGUAAAUUUCCAGAGCUGUUCACCUGGUUCAAAAACUUUCUGUGCUUUCGGGAAAUGGCCCACUUGGAGACGUACCCCAAGGAACGGGCCACUGAGGGCAUCGCCAUGGAGAUUGACUAUGCUUCCUGCAAGAGGCUGGGCUCCAGUUACAGAGCGCUGCCUAAAAGCUAUCAGCAGCCUAAAUGCACCGGCAGAACUCCGCUAUGUAAAGAGGUCCUGAAUGAUACCUGGGUGUCUUUGCCUUCGUGGUCUGAGGACUCCACUUUUGUUAGCUCCAAGAAGACGCAGUACGAGGAGCACAUUUACAGGUGUGAGGAUGAACGUUUUGAGCUGGACGUGGUGCUGGAAACCAACCUGGCCACCAUCCGAGUUCUGGAGACCGUCCAACGCAAGCUCUCCCGGAUGUCAGCAGAGGAGCAGGCCAAAUUUCGCUUGGACAACACGCUAGGUGGUUCGUCCGAGGUGGUUCACCGAAAAGCCAUUCAGAGGAUAUACGGCGAUAAAGCUCCGGACAUCAUCGACGGUUUGAAGAAAAGCCCCGCCAUCUCCGUCCCCAUCGUGCUGAAGAGGCUAAAGACCAAGGAGGAAGAGUGGCGGGAAGCCCAGCGAGGCUUCAACAAGAUCUGGCGGGAGCAGAACGAGAAGUAUUACCUCAAGUCUCUGGACCAUCAAGGCAUCAACUUCAAACAGAAUGACACCAAAGUGCUGCGCUCCAAGUCCCUGCUGAACGAAAUAGAAAGCAUCUACGACGAACGCCAGGAGCAGGCAUCAGAGGACAACGCCAGCCUGCCAACGGGCCCACACCAAACCCUGUCGUAUGAGGACCGCCAGAUCCUGGAGGAUGCAGCGGCCCUCAUCAUCCACCACGUCAAGCGUCAGACGAGCAUCCAGAAGGAGGACAAGUACAAGAUCAAGCAGAUCAUGUACCACUUUGUCCCAGACCUGCUGUUUGCACAGCGCGGCGAGCUCUCCGACGUGGAGGAGGAGGAAGAGGAGAUGGACGUGGAGGAGAAGAAGCACAAUGGCAUCCCCGGCGGUGGGAGCCCCCCCAAGUCCAAGCUGCUGUUCAACAACACGGCGGCGCAGAAGUUGCGCGGCUGCGACGACGCCUACAACCUCUUCUACGUCAACAACAACUGGUACAUCUUCCUGCGGCUGCACCACACGCUGUGCUCGCGGCUGCUGCGCCUCUACUGGCAGGCCGAGAGACAGAUCGAGGAGGACGUGCGGGAGCGGGAGUGGGAGAGGGAGGUGCUGGGGCUCAAGAAGGAGAAGAACGACAACCCCGCCAUCCAGCUGAGACUGAAGGAGCCCAUGGACAUAGAUGUCGAGGUUUACUACUCGGCCUUCCUGGAGAUGAUUCGCAACCUGUUGGACGGAAACAUGGAGGCAUCGCAGUAUGAAGACUCGCUGAGGGAGAUGUUCACGAUUCACGCCUACAUCGCCUUCACCAUGGACAAGCUCAUACAAAGCAUUGUCCGGCAGCUCCAGCACAUCGUUAGCGACGAGAUCUGCGUGCAGGUGACAGACCUCUACUUGGCCGAGAGCGCUAAUGGCGCCUGCGGGGGGUCCAUGUCCACCCUGUCCUCCAGAAGUGCCACCGAGGCGGCCUAUCAACGCAAGGCUGAGCAGCUCAUGUCGGAGGAGAACUGCUUCAAGGUGAUGUUUGUGAGGAACAGAGGCCUGGUGCAGCUGACGGUGGAGUUGCUGGACACCGAGGAGGAGAACUCAGACGAGCCCCUGGAGGCGGAGCGUUGGUCCGAUUACGUUGGGCGUUACUUGAACCCGGACUCCACCACUCCAGAGCUGAGGGAGCAUCUUGCCCAGAAGCCCGUUUUCCUUCCCAGGAACUUGAGGCGCAUCAGGAAGUACCAGAAAGGGCGAGAGCAGCUGGACAAGGAGACCGGCGAGGGAGGCAAGAAGCCGCUGGACAAGGAGAAAAUGGAGUGCAUGUUCAAGCUCAACUCCUACAAGAUGGUGUACGUCUUCAAGUCGGAGGACUACAUGUACAGAAGAACGGCGCUGAUGCGAGCGCACCAGUCCCACGAGAGGGUGAGCACGCGGCUGCACGAGCGCUUCCACGCGUGGGUGGAAGCGUGGGCCCAGGAGCACGUCACCUCUGACAUGAGAGCCGACACCGACAAAUGGCUGAUGGGCGAAGGCCGCGAUGGACUGCUGCCGUGUACCACCUCACGCCAGCCUGAGGUUCUUCACUUCAGGGACAUCCACAAAUACCGAGUCAAGUACGGUGCCUCCGGCAAGGCAUCAUAAAGUGUCCAGGUCAGGCGGAGGCAGUGCAGCAAUGUUUUUAAGGUAUGUGUUGCUCCAGUGGCGGCAGGAUUACCGUUUUUUUACCAGCGUUUUUAGCUGGGACCACUUUUGUCCACAAGGGGUGCCAAAACUUAGGAACGGUCUCGUCCUGCUCGCCCAACAUCAGCUCUCGGCAGCCCGGUGCUUUUUCUACAUCCGCUCACCAUUGGAGUGUCCGCAGAAUUCCCUAAUGGGAUUUCUGUAGGAAAGAUGAUACAAAGUGCACUUAUUCAGGGAAAAACUGUUUAGUUCCCAGAUUGGAGGUUUUGGAGCGAGACGUUCCUGCGUUGUGGCCAAAAUCACUACUCACUGAGCGCCCCCUCCCCAAACAGUCUUGUCGGGUGAAUCCUUACAAUGCAUUGUCUCGCCUCUUGAUGGACACACACUCGCCUCACAACACUGUUUGGACUCAUUGUAAAGCGUGUCAUGUCUCGUGUAUAUACAGUACAUAAAUAUAUAUAUAUAAAUAUAUAUAUAUUAUAUAUAUAUAUACUAUUAACAGAUCUUCGCCGCCCUGGAAGUCAACCUUUUAAAAAAAAAAAAAGUAUUAAAAAAAGCCCUCCGCCAAUACACCAGCUCUCUCUCACACACAACUUGUAAAUACACUGUACAUAGUCUGAGACUUUUUAUGAUGUCGUGCUAGUAGAACUUUCCAAGCUAACCGUUUAGAACGUAUAAAAAAAACAAUUAUUAUUACACUUUUUACCAAAGGGAGUUGAUGAUACAAACUUAGAUGUUAUUUGUCCCUGCCCCCUUCUUUCAGUCUUCUUUUAUGUCUUUUUAAUUUCUGUAGAGAAAACAAAAACAAGUCAGAAAGUAGAAAUGUAUCCAGGUUUGUUUGUUUUGUUUUGUUUUAAUACAUAAUUAUUAUAUGUUCCUCUCAAUGUGACCUUUUGGUUGCUGGUACAAAAAAACAAGACAGCAAGUGACAUAAUCGCCUUGUGAUUUAAGCCCCGCCCACAUCAGCCCUCACCUGGAUAGAUUUCUACUCUGCUCCUCACCACCUUGUAUUUUUGAUAUUGGAAAAAGUCACGCCAGCAUGUCCUUCGUCCGUUUAGUCAUUAUUUAAAGUAAUAAUAAAAUGACUUUGUAGCCUA